GCUCGACUGUCAUUUGACGCCAAACGAGCGUCGCACGCACAACGCUCGAGAUUCCCGGCUAUUUCAAAUACAUAUAUACGAUAUAUUCAAGUUUCGUGGAGGAGCAUUAAGAAAUGGUGCAUCAUCUGGCGCUCCUCAUCCUGGGAGUGCUGUGUUCCUGGCCAGUUGCAACUUUGGCCAGUGAUCAGCCCUCUCGAAUUGUCUGCUACUUUAGCAACUGGGCCGUAUACCGACCUGGAAUUGGUCGCUAUGGAUUGGAGGAUGUGCCCGCCAACCUGUGCACUCAUCUUAUUUACUCCUUCAUCGGUGUUAGCGACAAGAGCUGGGAUGUCCUGGUGAUCGAUCCGGACUUGGAUGUCGAUCAAAAGGGUUUCAGCAAGUUCACACAAUUGAAAAAGAGCCAUCCCAAUCUGAAACUUCAGAUAGCUGUGGGUGGCUGGGCCGAAGGUGGCUCCAAGUACUCCCAAAUGGUGGCUGUUCGAGAUCGCAGGCAGAGUUUCAUACGCAGUGUGGUACGCUUUAUGAAGCAGUACAACUUCGAUGGAUUCGACUUGGACUGGGAGUAUCCCGGAGCCACGGAUCGCGGUGGCAGCUUUGGGGAUAAGGACAAGUUCCUGUAUUUCGUUCAGGAGCUACGACGAGCCUUUGAUCGCGAGGGCAAAGGAUGGGAGAUCACCAUGGCCGUACCGGUGGCCAAGUUCCGCCUGCAGGAAGGCUACCAUGUUCCGGAAUUGUGCGAAUUGCUGGACGCCAUUCACGCCAUGACCUAUGACCUGCGGGGAAAUUGGGCCGGAUUUGCUGACGUGCACAGUCCGCUGUACAAGCGAAAACACGACCAAUACGCCUACGAGCGGCUGAAUGUGAACGACGGCCUUGCAUUGUGGGAGGAGAUGGGCUGCCCGGCCAACAAGCUGGUGGUGGGCAUCCCGUUCUACGGCCGGACCUUCACGCUGAGCAGUUCGAACAAGAACUACAACAUGGGGACCUACAUCAACAAGGAGGCGGGAGGCGGGGCUCCGGGUCCGUACACCAAUGCCAGCGGCUUCCUGGCCUACUAUGAAAUCUGCACAGAGGUGAUGGACAAGUCAAAGGGAUGGACCGUGGAGUGGGACGAUGCCGGAAUGGUGCCCUUCACCUACAAGGACACCCAGUGGGUGGGCUACGAGAACGAGGCCUCCGUCCAGAUCAAGAUGGACUUUAUCAAGCAAAAGGGUUACGCCGGCGCCAUGACCUGGGCCAUCGACAUGGAUGACUUUAAUGGAAUCUGCGGCAAGAAGAACGGUUUGAUGCAGAUCCUUUACGAUAACAUGAAAAACUAUCGCGUUCCGGAACCAACAAGGGAAACAACACCAAGGCCCGAGUGGGCAAAGCCACCAGCAACUCCGCCAAAUCCGGAUGAGGGUCCAGUGGUCCAGACGGAACCAACGACGUCCACAACAAAGCGGCCAAAACCAAAGCCUAAGCCAACUUCAAGUCCAGUAAGCCCAACAUCUGCACCUGUGCCAACUGUGGGAAGCAGUACACAGAAGCCAACCACUAAGAAACCGAAAAAACCCAAGAAGCCAACAACCACCACCACAACAACAACUCCUGCUCCUGAAAAAAGUACCGAAGAGCCUGUGGAAGUUGUAGAUCCCGAGCAGCCGGUGGAACCCCAGUUUGAUCCCAGCGAAAUCGAUUGCACCAACCGUGACUUUGUUCCGCAUCCAAACUGUCGAAAGUAUUUCCGGUGUGUUCAUGGCAAACCCGUGGAAUUCGAGUGCAAGGAGGGAACGGCCUUCCACACGGUCCUGAAUGUGUGCGAUUGGAUCGAGAAUAGCGAUCGCUACUACUGUACCCGCAUGAAGAAGAAGCAGGAGGGCAACGAGGCCCUCUAACUGUCCCGAAAUAUAUAUUUAUAAAUAAUUUAAAAUCUUUGCUUAAACAUAGAAUUAUGUCUUAAAGUAUUUUAAUUUAAUAGCAUCGUAGGAAUAUAAAUAAGAUCGAAAAGAUUAUCCGACGAGACGAAAACAAUAAAAAUAAAUAUGAUUUGAAAAACCAA